AUGAUUGACGAAUCAUCAUCUUCGAACUUUUCGCAUCGAUUGUCUCGCCACGAAGAACGUCCUCAACAAGGCUUCGUGUCGGACGCGACGAAAAAAGUACCUUUCAAACUGGGUGGCUCCGCCGAGAUAGCAGGGGUAUUACCUCGUCGCCGCGUCGCAGAUGACCUAGUUUCUCAAUACUGGAGCUUUGUACAUCCUCUGUUCCCGGUCCUGCAUGAACCUACUUUCAUGGCCGCAUACGAGAAGUCAUGGAUCUCGCAGCCGAGUGGCAGUGCAAUCGCAGAUGAACGCUGUCGCGAAUUUGAGGAAGCCUUGUUCUUCUCGACUCUAAACGUCAUCUUCGCUUUGGGCACUCGAUUCAGCGAUUCAGUGCCAGGACCGGAGAAACGUGAUAUGGCAAAAGAAUACUACAAUAGAUCGAGGCAGAUCUUUACGUUUGAUCUUCUCGACUGUACCUCUUUGCCAGUCUUGCAGAUGUUGCUGCUUCAAGGCAUAUAUUUGCAGUCUACGACUAAAGUCUCAAGAUGUUGGAAUGUUAUUGGUGUUGCUACUCGGAUGGCUCAGAGCCUGGGGCUGCAUCUAGAGCAGACAUAUCAACGCCAAAAAACGAUAUAUGCUCGCGAAAUGGGAAAGAGGCUUUGGCAUUCGUGUCUCAUCCUGGACAGGUAA